CUACAGACUGCUGGGCUGACGGGGGCCAGUCUGGAGGAAGGAGUGAGAGGUAGGAGGAGGAGGCAUUCACUGUUAAUGGAUCUAUAAGCUCACACCCUCUUUUCAGUGUGAUACUUGGAAGACAGCACAGGUGGAUCUGUAUUCUGAAAUGCAGUAAUUUUGAUGUUUGAAUUCAUCUUCCUUCUUGCAAGAGAGGAUUCUAAGAACUCAGUAUCAAAGCGAAGACACAGACUCAACCUCUUCUCUUCCAAAAGCUUCACGUGACAACAUGGAAGCUGUCGCCAAGUUUGAUUUCACUGCCUCAGGUGAGGACGAACUGAGCUUUCACACUGGAGAUGUUCUGAAGAUUUUAAGUAACCAAGAGGAGUGGUUCAAGGCGGAACUUGGGAGCCAAGAAGGAUACGUGCCUAAGAAUUUCAUAGACAUCCAGUUUCCUGAAUGGUUUCAUGAAGGCCUCUCACGACACCAGGCAGAGAACUUACUCAUGGGCAAGGAGGUUGGUUUCUUCAUCAUCCGGGCCAGCCAGAGCUCCCCAGGGGACUUCUCCAUCUCUGUCAGGCAUGAGGAUGACGUUCAGCACUUCAAGGUCAUGCGAGACAACAAGGGUAAUUACUUCCUGUGGACUGAGAAGUUCCCAUCCCUAAAUAAGCUGGUGGACUACUACAGGACAACGUCCAUCUCCAAACAGAAGCAAAUCCUCCUAAGGGACAGAAGCCGAGAAGAUCAGGGUCGCCGGGGCAACAGCCUGGACCGGAGGUCCCCGGGAGGCCCCCACCUCAGCGGGGCUGGCGGAGAGGAAGUGCGGCCCUCCGUGAACCGGAAGCUGUCGGACCUCCCGCCGGCCCUGCCCUCGCAGCCCCAGCAGCCCGCGCAGGCGCCCCUGCAGUACGCCCUGGCGCCGCAGCCGCCGCCGCAGCGCUACCUGCAGCACCCCCACUUUCACCAGGAGCGCCGAGGAGGCAGCCUUGACAUAAACGAUGGACACUGUGGCACCGGCCUGGGCAGCGAAAUGAACGCAGCCCUCAUGCAUCGCAGACACACAGACCCGGUGCAGCUGCAGGCAGCAGGGCGAGUGCGGUGGGCCCGGGCACUGUACGACUUCGAGGCCCUCGAGGACGACGAGCUAGGAUUCCACAGCGGAGAGGUGGUCGAGGUCCUGGAUAGCUCCAACCCGUCCUGGUGGACCGGCCGACUGCACAACAAACUGGGCCUCUUCCCUGCCAACUACGUGGCACCCAUGACUCGAUGAACCCUUCGGGGGGCCAGAGGCCUUUAGUCUGAAGCUUCCCACAAGAGAGGGGACAAGGAAAAAAGGCUGGACUGCAUGACUACAUAUACAUACAUAUGUCUAUGUAUGCCUAUGUACACACACAAUGUUUUAUAAUAGUAAUUUAUUGGCAACUGGGUUGGCUAAUUAGUUGGUAUGAACAGGAGCUUGGGUGGAGAAUGAUAUUCAUACUUGUUUGUCUAUUCCCUUCCGGGGUGUGCGGAAGGCAGUGGGGGGAUGGGGAGGGGGGUGCAGGGAAAUGAAAUGGAACUUCCUUCUGUCCUUGACUCACAACGCUUCCUCCUUGCCUUGGGUAUUUUCAUGGAGAGUAGCUAAGCCGAGACCACACCCCGGUGUUGGACAGCCUUGGACGCAGAACAGCAGGGUGGAGUUGGACUUGAUGGGGCACGUUCUGGCUCCCCUGGAGGGUGUGCAGGGCAGCCCUGCUCCUGCUCUCCACGUUGUGGGCACGGCUGCACUGAGAACCGAGGUGCCGAUCCAGUGCCGCAGGCAGCCGAGCAAGUCUGAGCUGGGAGCGGGCUGGGGCGGAGAGGCAGCGCGGUGCUGGAGAGGCCCGCCUGGGCAGGGCUGGCCUCCUAGUCGAUGCCCAGCCAAGGCUUUCAUGUCCCUCAAAUGAAUGUUCCCUGCGGCUGACAGGAGAGAGUGUCUCCAACACGGAGAAACGGACACGCUGUGAGGAGCCCGGCACUAGGAAAUCGAGGGGUUUUUCACAGCCCCCCAGUGGCUACUCAGAUGUAAGCUCCGCUUCCCCAGCUGCGAGCAAAGUAGCAUCCUAGAUUCUGCAACGUGCUGGGGAAGCCCUGGCUGAGAAUGCCAAAGUUUAGAGUCAUCGUUUGAUGGUUACAAGGGUGUGUUUUCAGGGCUCUGUUUGUUUUUCCUCUUGAUUUUCUGUGAUUUGAAAAGGCCCUGCCCAGUGGCACAGAGAGAAGCCCACUUAACAAGAGCAUCAGCUAUUGAUUGAUUGAACAUGGCCCCUGGCGGAAGCUGGCUUUGAAAUGAGCUUCCUGUUCGAGCUGACCCACUGCUGGCCUCCCCCCAAGAGCUGCACCUGAGGAGAGGAGCCAUCCCACCACCACUGUCCCUCCUUCUCACCUCAAACCAGAAUCCUGUGUCCUAGGGCUCCCAGCCUGGCUGGGGGGAAGAGACACUGCAGAGGAAGCUCAGGGCCUUAGUGGAGCCUACAAGCAAACGAGUCUGCACAGAGGGUACCUAGAAGGAGUGUGUGCGUGUGAGUGGGUGGGUGUGACCUCUGCGUGCAUGCAUGUGUGUGCUCAUGUGCUGAGACAGGAAAGAAAGGGUUGGAGUGAAAGUGUUGGUGAGGGAGCCUGGGGUGGGGUGUUCUCUUCCCCAGCACUUUCUGCUCUAAGGAGGGACCGGGGAGCAGCCAUUGUUGAAGGUGGUGUGAGAAGAAUGAGUUUCUGACUCAGAAGUAACGGCCAGUGUAACAUAAGCUGUGUCCCUUGUGACUCUGAUUCUAUGGUUCUCUGAUCUCCAUGUUCCCUUUAGAGAAAAAGCGGAGAAAGGGCCCCUGGGUGGGUCUGGGAGGGAAAAGACAAUAGUCUGGCAGAGGUGGGGGAGACGAGCACGAGUGAGGCGCAUCUGCAGCCUUUGGAAGUGAAAGCAGGAGAAGAACAGUGACGGACACAUCUCAGAGGGCCAGGGAGGAGCGCGAGCUGCACAGAGAGAGGAAAGGGAGCCAGAGGUGAAGUGGGCCAGCGGGAGAGCAGGGUGACAGCCAGUGGCAGGCGGAGCACAGGAGGGAGGGCCGGGCAGGUGGGCAAAGGUGGAAGCAGCAGCUGUGGAAGGCAGGGAGCAAAGAAGUACCAGAAUGAAAAGCACGGGGAGAAAGAGCAAAGGCCAAGGAGACCUCAUAAGCUAUUCAGGGCUGAGUAACGUGAACUGGGACAGUAAAUGAAAGCCGAAAGCAACGUUUGACUUUACAGUAUCUACAAACCAUAUGCUAUAAGCAGCCCACAAACUUCGUCCAUUUGUCUGAUCCUGUGGGAGGACCAGCCCCGGUCAGACAAAGGUACAUGAUUCGAUUCUGGACUAGAUUUUGUGCCUCGAAACUCUUCUCAAGAAAGCAGAAAUAAAACAGGUGUCCUUGUUUU